CCACAGUGAAAGUUGAAUGGAAGAAGAAGAAGCAGCAGCUUCAAACUCACCGGCGUUGCCGGAAGCCUUCCUCGAUUUCCUGAAACACAACGGACUCGACCCUUCCAUUUACACCGCCACCCACUCCACCCCUCGUUACAUAAGGGUGAAGCCUGGGUGUGAAGAUCAAAUUGAAUCAAUUGAAGGUGAAAUAAAGUGCAAGCUUGAAAGAGUGGAGUGGUUGCCUGGGUUUUACUCUCUACCCCCAGAUGUUCAUAUUGCUAAUUCAAAUGCGUACAGAGAAGGGAAGAUAUAUGGAAUCGAUGCGGCGUCAGGAGCUGCUGUUUCGGCAUUGGAUGUUUCAGCUGGAGAUCAUGUUCUUGAUCUUUGCGCCGCUCCGGGUGCUAAGCUUUGUCUGAUAUCGGAUCUUCUUGAUGAUUCGGGUUCUGUGACUGGCGUUGAUGUUUCAAGACACCGACUGGCGGCUUGUAGGACUAUGCUGCAGAAAUAUGCUUUGGGCAGUCGCUGCCGACUCUUUGUUGCUGAUGGUACUACUUUUUCCAUCAUUCCCAUGAGCAAUCAUGCUGAUUCUAAAUCAUGUGAAUCUGGAUUAGAGGAAAAUGUGACAUUCAAGGAGUGGACGUCUAGGAGACCAUGGAAAGAAAGGAAACAAGCAGCUAGGAUAAGAAAAGGUGGUGCAGUGCAUUCAGGGACUCAACAACCAGAGCUCAUUUAUUAUGGCUGCCAAUCUGGUGUGGUAGGGUUAAAGAAAAGUGAAUUGUACCAAACUUUUUGUGACAGUCAGAUUUUGAGCUGUGGCUAUGACAAGGUCCUUGUUGAUGCAGAGUGCACUCAUGAUGGAUCAAUUAAACAUGUCCAAAAAUUUGAACAUUGGGGUUGGGACACUCUUCAACGCCGUGUAUUGGAUGCAGAGAGAGGUGAUAGCCUCACUGCACUUCAAUUAAAACUCCUGACGAAUGGUUUUAGAUUGCUAAAAGCUGGCGGACUGCUUGUUUAUAGCACUUGCAGUUUGACAGUUGCUCAGAAUGAAGAUGUGGUAAAGCAGUUUCUUGAGGAAAACUAUUCUGCCGAGUUGCUGGCGAUAGAUGCUGCUGAAAAUUGGCCUUGCAAGAGCGGGCGAAUGCCAAAAACCCUGCGCUUUGAUCCUUUGACUUCGAACACUAGUGGAUUGUUUGUAGCAAAGUUUACAAAAUUUGCCAUUUAAUCAAAGUUUUCUAGAUAUCUUGUUAUCCCUUCGGGUUAAUUAUUUUGUAAUGCAAUAUAAUUGCAGUACUUAACUCUUCUUUUCAAUCUUAAUGAGCACAACUGAAAUUACAGGACAA